AUGGCCAAGGAAGCAGGCCCCACAGGUAUCUUUGCUAUGGCGAUUGUCAGACGGAUACGCAGCACAAAUCAUGCCCAAUCUUUAAAUAUUAAGUUAAUCGAUGACACCCGACAAAUCCAGUCCAUAUGGGCAGAGGGGUUGUCCGCUGGAAUGGAUCAUUUCUCGCACACUCUCUUCCCUGGGGAAUGGAUGGUUUUCGACAAAGGCUUCAAAAUCCAAUUCCUGCAAGGGAGCAGUAGAGAUUGGAUAAUCGUGGCCAGUUAUAUGGGGAGCCAGGAUCUAGCUGGCACACCGGAUUCGAACCAGGGUUGGUUAAAGAAACUGCAAGUAUUGCAAAUGCGAAGUCAUGCCUCUUAA